ACUGCGCCCGAGGUCUGCACUGUUCAAACUGCUCUCAUCUUCAGAAACUUCUGCCAACAUUGGACGUCAACCUAUUCGACUUGAUUCCGCUGUUCAUGCCGCCCCCCAUACACUUCACCUGGCCGAUAGCACUUCCACGACGCAUCCGACGGAACAUAUCCCUUUAUCAACCCGUGCCGCCUCCGAGACGACACCAAGUUACGCCAGGACACUGACGAUCUAAUCGUCGUGUCGGCUCCUUGGCACAGCCAUGGAGAGCGCAGCGCAGGCCAUCAGCCAUGCGCACGAACUAUACACCCGCUCCGGCGCUGCCGUCCCCGGAGAGAGGCCGCCGGCCUUCAAGGCAAUCGGCAUAGGGCUGGCCGUCGGAUCUGGAGCGUUCAUCGGGACAUCGUUCGUGCUCAAGAAGGUUGGACUGCUCAGGGCGAACGAGAAAUACAACGAAGUUGCCGGGGAAGGGUACGGAUACCUCAAGAACUUCUACUGGUGGGCCGGCAUGACCUUGAUGAUUCUGGGUGAGGGGCUCAAUUUUGCCGCAUACGCCUUCACGGACGCCAUCCUUGUGACGCCGCUCGGGGCGCUCUCGGUCGUUAUCACCACGAUCCUGUCGGCUAUAUUCCUGAAGGAACGGCUGAGCAUGGUCGGCAAGGUCGCCUGUUUUCUCUGCAUCGUCGGAUCCGUGGUCAUUGUCAUGAAUGCGCCCGAAAACUCGUCUGUCGCAACCAUCCAGGAGAUGCAGGGCUUCGUCAUACAUCCUGCUUUUCUGACUUACGCCGGCGUCAUCAUUGUUGGCUCCGUCAUUGUGGCAUUCUGGUUGGGGCCAAAGUACGGAAACAAGAACAUGCUCGUCUAUAUCUCGAUCUGCAGCUGGAUCGGGGGUCUCAGUGUUGUUGCGACGCAGGGAUUAGGUGCUGCCAUCAUCGCCCAGGCCGGCGGGACUCCGCAGUUCAACCAGUGGUUCCUCUACGUCCUCCUAGUGUUUGUCAUUGCGACCCUGCUGACAGAAAUAAUCUACCUGAAUAAAGCGCUCAAUCUCUUCAACGCUGCGCUAGUGACGCCUACCUAUUAUGUUUAUUUUACCAGUACGACGAUCAUCACUUCGGCUGUCCUAUUCCGCGGUUUCAAAGGGACACCUACGUCCAUCAUUACAGUGGUCAACGGCUUUUUGACCAUAUGCUCGGGAGUGGUGCUCCUCCAGCUGUCCAAGUCCGCCAAAGACGUUCCGGACGCGGCUGUGUUCACCGGAGAUUUGGACCAGAUACAUACCAUUGCGGAGCAGCCACAGCCCGAGACAGAACCGAAGGCCGAUGCCAUUAGAGGCGCAGCCGCUAUUGUCAGGAGGCUCUCAUCAGCACGGCAGAAGAUGGAGCUUGAAGAGUUGAAGCGCCUGCACGAGGAAAAGAUGCAGGAAACCCUUGAGUCGGUCGACGAGAAUGGUGUGCCAAAAUAUGAAUGGGAUGGCAUCAGACGGCGGAGGACAGGGACAUUCAGCAGUGCCAGGACCGGAACGUUCAGCACGCACAGGUCGAUCAAAUCCCCGGCGCCCCCUUCCCUCGCGCCACCAACUCCUCAUCCGCCUCUAGGGUGGUCCCAUUUCCCAACCGAAGAGGAGCUUGCCGAAGCGAACAGGCCCCUUAGUCCGGCCCUCUCCAGCAUCGUGGGCACCAUCCGCACAAAAGCACGCAGUGUCCUCCCAGGGCACCCUGACUUCCGCAAGGGCGCCGACGCACCGAAAGUGCAGAGCCCAAUGCACCCGGUCCAGCUAACAUCAAUAUCCGUUGCGGGGCCAAAGCCGGGCGAACCCGAAGAGUACAGAUCGGCCGUCACAGGUGAAGAAGGCUCGGGAUCCACGCAGCACGUACAGUUCGCCGACUCCGCAGGACUGGCACCGCCAACGCCACCGCUGCACUCCGCCCGCCGUCAGUUUUCCUUCCAGAACAUGUUCAAACGCGGCCAGUCCCCUGGCCGCCGGAACGACGGGCCCAGUGACCACCGUCGACAGAGGAUUUCGUCGCGGGGCUACUCCAGCCCACAGAUGCGCGGGGCGACCGAGGAAGAAACGCUGGGACUGGUCAAGGGCGAUUCACACACAUCGAUGCCCGCGCUGAGAGGUAGUGGCAAGCAGUACGACGAUAGCGACGAUGAUGACGGCGAUUACUACUACCACGUGGAAGAGCACGAGUAUCGCGACGACAAGGAGCCCGCUGCUGCUGCGCGGUUGUACGGGCACAGUAUCACCAAGGGGUAUAAUACCAGCCCCUCGCGAAAGGCUGGAGGCGAAAGUGACGAGAAGGGGCUGGAGCAAGAGAUACCAGACCAUGAGAAGUAUCGGCGGCGGCUGAGAGACAAGAGACGGAGCGAGAGCGCCAACAGAAAUGAGCAGGAGGAGGAUAGGGAUAGGGAUAAGGAUAAGCCGCUACCAAGGUUGCCGCCAUUACCGUUCGGCGGUGGUGGGAAUGGGGGAGGUUUCAUGUGAUUUUUCGUGCCUUUGUCUUUUCGACGGUUCCUUUCCUUUUUUUGGGGGUAUAUAGCGUAUGCUUGGAUAGAAGGCGGCCUAAGUCGAAGCAGCAUGAUCAUGACAUGACAGCAUGAAGCAUGAUGAGGAGAGGUUCUCUUGUCGGGUUAUGGGAGGCGGCAUGCUUAGACCUUACAGGACUUGUAUGGGGUAUGUAUCUGGUGUGUUUGGAUGGCAUGAGUGGCAGAGCUUAAUGGGAGGCUGCGGAGUGUUUCGACGCCGGUUGGUCUUGCACUCGUUUUCAUGUGAGGUUCAGGGACGGAGGUGAU